UUCUCUGAAAUGUUCUCUUUAAACGUUCGUCUUGAUCAACUAAUGUAAUUAUACAGUCCUGUCGUGACGCUAAAGCAUUUAGUUCGAUUUCUCAGCAGAUUUGUUGAUGAAACGGAUCAAAAGGCGAGUGUUUUGUGUGUUCCGCCGGUGUUGGUCCGGAGGAGUUUGAGCGGCGCUCCUUCUGUUUCCGGUGCAGUUAGAGCAGAGAAGUGAUUCACGCAGCAGCAGCUCCGAGAUGCAGGACCCGAACGCAGACACCGAGUGGAAUGACAUCCUCAGGAAGAAGGGCAUCCUUCCUCCCAAAGAAACACCUCCGGAGGAGGAAGAGGAGGAGCAGCUUCAUCAGACGCAGUCCGUCGUGAAGACGUAUGAGAGCAUGAGUCUGGAGGAGCUGGAGGAGAAUGAAGAUGAGUUCGGUGAGGAAGAUGAGCUGGCCAUGGAGAUGUACAGACAGAAGAGGCUGGCCGAGUGGAAGGCCAACCAGCUGAAGAACAGGUUUACAGAGGUCAGCGAGAUCUCGGGGCAGGAUUACGUGCAGGAGGUCAAUAAAGCCGGAGCGGGAAUCUGGGUGGUGCUGCACCUCUACAAACCAGGGAUCCCGCUGUGUACGCUGAUAAACCAGCAUCUGUCUCGGCUGGCUCAGAAGUUUCCUCAGACCAAGUUCCUGAAGUCCAUCUCCAGCACCUGCAUUCCCAACUACCCUGACCACAACCUGCCCACGCUCUUCAUUUAUCACGAGGGAGAGAUGAAGGCGCAGUUCAUCGGGCCGCUGCUGUUCGGAGGAAUGAACCUCACCUGUGACGAGCUGGAGUGGCGUCUGUCUGAGUCCGGAGCGGUGAAGACGGAUCUGGAGGAAAACCCCAGGAAACAGAUCCAGGAUCAGCUGCUGAGGUCCAUCCGCUGCUCAGAGCCGCACCGCAGAGACGAGGACUCGGACGAGGACUGACCUCAUCACAGCGAACCCUGCUCUCGACACGACCUCCAGCGGACAUUACACCCACCACUGACCACAAACACCACAUUCACACUGUUUUAUAAGAUUUCUAAUAAUACAGUUCAACGCUUGACACCAUUUAUUUCUAUAAAAACCACUGAUUUGAGUGUUUAA